GGCAAACAGUAGCAGUCCCCCUUAUCUCAGACUUGAUCCUCUCUCAGCUGGACGCAGCUCCUUUUCGUGCAGGUUUGAGAAAUGGUUGCCAGUUUGGGACGAAUCCUGCACAUAUUUAUAGACUUGUACAUUCAAAGCUGGGGACAGAUGAGCUUUAUUGUCAGCUGGUUUUGGCAUAGUUGCUUGGCCGGCUCCAGUUGAGAGUCCUGUGGGAACUCAUGCGACACCGGGGGUGAAGUCGACAUGACCUUUUGACGUGGGGGAAAAAAAUGAACAAACCCAAAAUGGCCACAGAGAAGGGUGUUCCCAGUAACUCCAAGGUAGCAAUGCUCCUCUGCCAGCUGGAGAAGAUGAACGAGGAGGUCCUGGUGAGAGAUGUAGAGACAACAAGGCUGGUCACAGCAAAGAUCCUUCAUCUUAUACAGACACAGGAGAGGAGUGGAAAAGAGGUGAUGUCCAAAGGCUCCAGUGGAAUGGAGGUCAUCCUGUCUUCCCUGGAGAACAGCAGGGAUGUCCAGACCACCUUGAACAUCAUGUCCAUCCUCAGUGAGCUGCUGACAGUUGGCAGAGGCCGCAGAGUGGGAGUGUUUGUUUCCAAAGGAGGAACUGGAGUUUUAUUCCAGAUUCUGAUUUCUGCCAGUAAAGACCUUCCUCCCAGUGAGGAACUUAUGUUGCAGCUUCACUCACUACUGGCGAAGGUUGGACCAAAAGACAGAAAGUUUGGAGUGAAGGCACGUCUAAGUGGAGCGCUGAACGUCACGGUCGACGUAGUGAAACAGAAUCUACAGAACGCUAAAGUGCUUCUGCCCUGUCUGCAGGUUCUCAGGAUUUACUCUAACAACUCGGUGAAUGCUAUUUCUUUGGGCAAGACUGGUAUGGUGGAAAUCAUUUUCAAGAUUGUUGGGCCGUACAGCAAGAAGAACACAAGCCUCUUUAAGGUAGCUCUGGACGCACUGGGAGCUCUGCUCAAAUCCAAAACUAAUGCCCGUCGUGCAGUGGACAGUGGCCAUGUGCCCGUCUUGCUUGCCUUGUAUCUGGAUUGGCAUCGCAACGACACUCGACACCGCUGUAUGUUGAUUCGUAAAGGAUUGCUGGUAUGCCUCAGAAACAUUACCAACAUCAAACUGGGCCGUAGGGCAUUUUUGGAGGCCGACGGCAUUAGGAUCUUGUACCACUCCUCCACUGAGUGUCUACCCGUGCGGACACUGGAUCCUCUGAUCAACACUUCAAGCCUCAUCAUGAGAAAGUGUUUUCCUAAGAAUCGCCUGCCUGUGCCCACCAUCAAGUCGGCCUUCCACUUUCAGCUGCCUCAGGUCCCUCCUGGAGGGCCUGUGGACCAGCUGUACAACCAGCUUUCUGGGGUGGAUGAUGUUGUGGAUGAAAGCGAUGAUGAUGAGGAGGCCGAGGGAGAGACAGACACUGAGAACGACGAUGAUAAGGAUCAAUGCAGCCUGAAUGAUGACAUAGAAACGGAUCUCAACAAGCUGCAUCCCAAUAGGAACAUUGGACGCCCAUUUGAGGAGCUGAAGGACUAUCAGAAGUUUUUCUCAGAGCUGUCUGAGGACUUUCAGGGGUAUAGCUUUGACUUUUCAAAGAGCGCCUCUACAACAUCUCCGUCAACAUAUCUCUUCUCAUCAUCGUCUGCUCGGAUCAGUCGGCCAGCUGAAGUGCCCACAGCUCAAACCCCGUCUCCAAAGCAAAUACCAGAUUCUCAGAACGUUUGCACCUCUGUCAAAGAGCAUCAGACUCUAUCGUCUCCCUUCCUCGCUUGUUCUCAAACUCCUCUGGACCUGGACACAAUCCACCUCAGUAAGAACAAAGAUCAACAAGAGGGCAUCAACAUUCCAGCCCCAGAUAGACGCACCGCUCCAACCUCCAUCUCAACGUCUCUCUCUCAAGGCCACAUGAUAGAGCAGGAGCUGGCCCAACCACUGGAGGGUGUCUCUCUUGAAGACAAAGGGAAUCAGAGUGCAGAAGCUGGUUCUGAGAAGGUCAAACACGAAGGCUCUCCAGUUAACAACUUGAGACACUUCCAGCCACCUUUGCUCCUUGGGGGUUUCCCGGUACGUCGCACAGGUGGAGGAGGCAGCAACGUGGGUUCGGAUUGCGGGUCAGAAGGUACUGAAGACGAAGCAGGUGAUGCUCCGCUUCUGGAGGUGCCAGACACUGCUCAACUCCUGCCACUGCAUGACCCUGACCUUUAUGUGGAGAUGGUGAAGGGGACACAGUCAGUCCCACAGUACGCUGAAGUGGCUUACCCAGAUUACUUUGGACAUAUAGCUCCAAUGUUAAAGGAGCCUCUUCUGGAGAGAAUUUAUGGUGUACAAAGGUCUAAGAUAUUUCAGGACAUUGAGCGGCUGAUUCAUCCUAAUGAUAUCCUAGAUAAAGUAGUUUACGACAUUGAUCAUCCCAGUUCCAUGAUUGAAGAAAACGGCGAAUCACUGAAGUUCAACUCUCAGUUUGAGUCAGGAAACCUCAGGAAAGCCAUUCAAGUCAGGAAAUACGAGUAUGAUCUUGUUCUGAAUGCUGAUAUCAACAGCAAUCACUACCAUCAGUGGUUUUACUUUGAAGUGAGUGGCAUGCGAACCGGGACUGGGUACCGCUUCAACAUCAUCAACUGUGAGAAGUCAAACAGCCAGUUUAACUAUGGCAUGCAACCACUGAUGUACUCUGUCCAGGAGGCCAUCGGCGGCAAGCCUCAAUGGGUCAGGACAGGAACAGACAUUUGUUAUUAUAAGAAUCACUUUGCAAGAAGUUCUGUUGCAACUGGGGGACAAAAAGGAAAAUCGUAUUAUACGCUGACCUUCACCGUAACCUUCAUCCAUAAGGAUGAUGUCUGCUACUUUGCCUAUCAUUACCCUUACACAUACUCCACGCUCAAGAUGCACCUGUCCAAACUGGAGGAUAUGAGGACUCCUCAGAUCUAUUUGAGGCAGGAUGUUCUGUGUGAAACCCUUAGUGGAAACACAUGUCCACUUCUCACCAUCACUGCCAUGCCAGAGUCCAAAUCCACUGAUCAUAUCUGUCAGUUCAGGAAUCGGCCAUUUAUCUUCCUGUCUGCCAGAGUGCAUCCUGGGGAGACCAAUGCUAGUUGGGUGAUGAAGGGGACGCUGGAGUUCCUCAUGGGCACCAGUCCCCUAGCAGUCAACCUGAGAGAGGCCUACAUUUUCAAGAUAGUCCCCAUGCUCAACCCUGACGGAGUUGUUAACGGAAAUCAUCGUUGUUCACUGAGUGGAGAGGACUUGAAUCGCCAGUGGCAGAACCCCGAUCCCGACCUCCACCCCACCAUCUACCAUACAAAGAGCCUGCUGCAGUAUCUUGCAUACAUACAAAGAGCACCUCUGGUCUUCUGUGAUUACCACGGUCAUUCCAGAAAGAAAAAUGUAUUCAUGUACGGCUGCAGCGUGAAGGAGACUGUCUGGCAGUCCGAUAUCAGUGCAACCUCGAGCGACUUACAAGAGGACCUUGGAUACAGGACUCUUCCCAAGAUCCUGUCCCAGAUCGCCCCUGCCUUCAGUCUGGCCAGCUCCAGUUUUGUUGUGGAGCGCUCCAAAGAGUCAACUGCGCGAGUUGUUGUUUGGAGAGAGAUUGGAGUAAAACGCAGUUACACCAUGGAAAGCACACUCUGUGGCUGUGAUCAGGGCAAAUAUAAGGGACUCCAGAUCAGCACCAGAGAGCUUGAAGAGAUGGGGGCCCAGUUCUGUGUAGCCAUGCUGAGGCUGAAGAGGUUGACGAGUCUCCGCAAUCACCAGAAUCUGAUGGAUUUGGAGAGCGAUAUCAUUGGAACACAAUCCAAAAACGUCAGCAGCUGUACCACUACCUACGUGUUGGAGGAGGAUGAGCCAUCCUUUCUGGAGGCCAUCGACUACAGCGCGGAAAGCAACGACGAGGACGCAGAGCCUGAAAGCGAUGUCUGCGGUGACGGCCAAGAGAAUUUCGAUCAGCUGUCAGACUCUGAAACUAUUCACAGGAACUAGUAUUACUCUCCCUCAUAUGUGGUGGUUUGAGCUUACAAUUAGUGCUUGGGUUAUUAGUUGAACAACUUUAAGAUUUCACUCUUCAAACAGAAAGAUGCAUCACCUCCUACUGUGUCUUGCGGAUAAAUAGUCACCCCUGUAUUCUGUGAUGGAUUAGUCUUGGUCGGGCCUCUGUUAGCAGCUUGUUGCUCCUCAAGGUGCAUACACCACCUGCCUUUCUCUUCAGAUAUAUUAGCAUUAGCAACUCUAAGAAUAAGGAUGGAUUUCACUGAAUGUUUUCACCAUUUCAGCACCAAACUAUAACCCUCCGAAGCCUCAGACACCAUACAGCCUCUGAGAUUCACAUGUACAUAAUCGGAGUUAUUGUAUAUGAAACUCCUCUCACCUGCAACAGUAUAAUU